CUCUAUAAUGUAGUAUAUACCAUUGGAGAAGAAGCUUCUUUUGAUACUGAUCUUUUUCCUCGAUAUCAACUUUUUUCUCUUUAUUUCCGCAACAGCAAAGGCACAUCUCGAGGGAUUCUUUUUGUUCUCCUUGUAACCGUCAUAAUUGGUCCACCAUUUUCAUGAUCAAAGGCUUUUCUUGUGGCUUGAAACCGAGGCACUAUUUGCGGCAUUUUAUGCUCUAAGAUUUUUCAUUGAGAAGCUGCAAAAAGUUAUUCUAAUUCCAUCAUCAUCAUCAUCAUCAUCUCUUAUUAAUGGCAAACUAUACCAUUGAUACGAUAAUAGCUGAGGAGCCGACAGUUGAUAUCCAAGUGAAUCAAGAGACGAUCAAUACCCCCCUCUUGGAAAAUCCAAAGCAGAUUGAGCUUGAAGAAGAAGACAGACAUGACAAUGGGAAGGGCAAACAUGGAAAUAUGAUCACUCAAAAGAGCGAAGGGAAAGUUCUAUCGCGCUAUCUCAGGGCUUCGACUGGUUCGUGUCACGACAUGUGCAAGCACGGUCAGAAGCACAGUUUCAAUGAAGAAUCAAAGAUUCCACUAUCUACAAUAAUUAGAAAGAGAAUGGCUGAGAUUCGGGAAGAAAAGAAGAAAGCAGACAUAAUUAAAGAGCAGAAAAGGAUGUCCUUACCGAAUUUGGAAAACAAUAAAGGAAUUAUUACACAAUCGUCAAACGGGUUAGCUGGCAAUAGAAGAUACAGUGAAAUCGUUGCACCUAUAAAAACUGGAAUUCCUCGAGCAAGUAGUACCAUUUGCAGACCACCAACUGUUAGGAGGAAAAGCGAUAUCAAUUUGCAGAAGGAAAAGCCUGCUCCUCCUCUUCCACCCAUCUAUAGAAACUUACCGAAUCUGAAAAGGCAAUACAAUCCUAUAAAGGCUGGAAUCAAGAGACAGGAUGUGGAUAAUAGUAUUCCUGAAAUGGAAUCUAUUAUUGAUGAAGAAGUUCCUGAGAAGACAUUAUACGUCAUCGAGACAAAUCCAAAUGGUAACGAUCUAAACAACAUUUCUAUUGAAUCAACACCACCAAAUGAGGAGACUAUCGUAGAAUGUGGAGUUGAUACUCCUCUCAUUAUUCAUCAAUCCUUGUCUCCUUCCUCCAAGAGCAAAAUCUUGAAAAAUAAAAGAAUGGGGAAAAAGCCUGCUCCACUACCAUCACCACCACCACCACCAUUAUCAUUCUCUGCGUCAUCUGUUAUAUCCAUCAAGAGUGACAUUCCCAAACUGGGCACAUUGAGAACUCGAAAGUCGAAGGAUGUAGGAGUUACCACCGGAAGUAGGUCAGAGUCUCCCAAGAAACUCAACAUUAGGAGAGGAAAGACAGUUGAUCUUCCGUCUGAAAACACUAGCCCAUUUAGAACUCGAAAGCCAAAGGAAGGAGGAGUUAGCUCGGUAAAAAGAACAGACUCACCCAGGAAACUCAACUUGAGGAGAGGAAAAACAGUUGAUCUUCCCUCUGAAACAACUAGCCCAUUUAAAACAAGGAAGCCAAAGGAAGGAGGAGUUAGCUCGGCAAAAAGGUCAGAAUCACCCAGGAAACUCAACUUCAGGAGAGGAAAAAUAGUAGAUCUUCCGACUGAAAGCAAUAGCCCAAGAAGGCUGAAGUUUAAGCUAACAAGAGUGCCAUCGUCAGAGACCAGGCUUGGAAAGAAUGACGAGAAAAAACCCAUCUCACAGAAACCCGAAAGUGUGAAAACCAUGAAAUCCGUUGAAUCAAGCCAUCAUCAGAACACAUCAGGAGGAGGAAAGGUAAGAGCUCGGAUAUUUCAAAGUAGUGGUGCAACAGUUAAAGAUGAUAUAUCAAAGAAGGUGAAUUUCAGGAGAGGAAAGGUGAUUGAUUUAAAACCGAUAAGCACUACUCCAAAGAAACUAAACUUCAAGCUAGCAAGAGUUGGAGUUGAAAUCCAAAGUGGGAAAAUAAACAGUAUGAAAAGAAGUGGUUCGAGAAAAGAAGGUGUUGAGAAGACGAGUAAUGGCAGCAGCAGCAAUCCUGGAAAAGUUGUCCUUAGGCAUCGGGGAAUUGAAGAAGGAAGCAACAGGAGGGAAUCUCAAAGUUCGGUUAAUAACGUUAUUGAAGAAACAGCUAAUAAACUUGUGCAGACUAGAAAGAGCAAGGUUAAAGCUCUGGUGGGUGCUUUUGAAACCAUCAUCUCCUUAAAAGAUAAAUACUAACUCAAUCAUUGUUGAAUGUCCUCGGUUUGGCAAUAAACAGUUUGGUUUGAUUCACAAAGAUGAAAUUGAUGUUUUUUUUUACAAAGAGAAAUAAUUGGUGGGUUUUCUACAUGUAUAGAUAAAGUUCAUACUAUACUUGAAGUUUGUCUGUCUGGAGUUGAGAUUGGUUUGGUUUUUUUCAUCUGUACUUGCAUUAUCUUUAUUAUUCAAAUGUGAGUAUGAAUAAUUUGGUUGAUUUUA